AUGGUAACAAAAUUCUGUGGAACAUUCAUAUAUCGAAAUUCUUCAAUAUUAUUUUCACAUUCAAAUCAUUCACAUAUAAGUGAUGCUGAAUGGAUAACAAAUGGUAUAUCAUUAAUUAUAUUUGUUCUUGCAUUUAUUGGAAACACAGCUGCACUUAUUGUUAUGUUUGGUUCGAAAGGUCCAAUACGAAUAACGAAUAAUAAAUAUUUAGCUAAUUUAGCAUGUGCAGAUUUACUACGUGCAUGUUUUAUGCCUUUUACAAUUAUAGCAAGAAUGAAAAAAACCUUUAUGUUUGGAAAGAUGCUUUGUAAAAUUUUACCAAUUGUUCAAGGUUUAAGUGUAGCUGUAGAUGUAUUUACACUUGUUUGUAUAAGUAUUGAACGUUAUUUAGCUAUAUGUCGUCCAUUACUUAUAUUAAAACUUCAAUCUGUUCGAUUUUCUAAUCUUGUCAAUGCUGUUAUCUUAUUUUCAACAUGGUCAUUAGGUCUGUUGACAGCUUUACCAAAUUUAUAUAUGUAUAAUUUAUGUUCAUUACCUACACCUGGUCGUUAUAAAUGUGAAAAAACAUCACCACAAGAAUUUGAUGAAAAAUAUUAUAUGAUCACUUUAGAUGCUUUUUAUUUUGUGAUACCAAUGGUUGUCAUGAUUGUUCUUUAUACAUUAAUUAUUCGAAAAAUGUAUAGAAAUAAUAUAGCAUUACAAAUGAGAUCAUUGAAAAAUAGUAAUUCAACUAAAAGUCGUUCAAAUCCUCCAUCUCCUCAAUUACUUUCAUAUAAAAAAUGUUCAAAAUUUCGAUUAGUAAAUUCUGAUUUAAUUAAAGAUAAAAGAAAAAAAUCAACAAUUUUUGAAAAAUUUAGUCAACGUUUAUCAUUUGGUAGUAGUAUUAAAUCAAGAUCAGGUUUAAGUAUUGAUGAUGAUAAUAAUCAAAAAGAACAUCAUCAAUCGAAUAAUUCUAUAACAAAACAACAACUUAAUCAAACAUAUACUAUAUCUCAUCCAAUAAAUCAAGUUUUAUCACAAAAUAAUAAUGAUAAUAAAAUAAAAAAAUAUUUUUAUCAUUUAAAUUCUCGAAAAACUAGUAUUACAUAUAGUUGUGCAUCAUCACAAGGUUUAUGUCGUACAGAUCGUAAUCGACGUAAAGCACUUAAACUUUUAAUAACAUUAAUUAUGGAAUUUUUUAUUUGUUGGACACCAUUAUUUAUUUAUCAUACAAUUGGAACAUUUAAUAAAAAUUUUUAUCGUACAACACCAAAUAUUUAUGUUGAUUUAAUACUUCUUUUUUCAUUUGCAUCAGCAUCAUGUAAUCCAUUAACAUAUUAUUUUAUGUCAAAACGUUAUCGAUCAGCUUUAUAUGCUUAUUUACGAUGUUGUUGUUCUUUUAAUAAACAUCAACAAAUAUUUAUUAAUCAAAAUAAUAAACAACCACAUUAUACAAGUAAACAUUUACUUUCCAAUCCGAAAGGAAAUUCUCCGAAAUUAAAAAAUAAUGUACAACUAGAAAUUGAUGCAGAUGAUCAUUGUCGAUUAAGAUCUAAAACAUGUUAA